ACCAGAAGAGUGCGACAAUGUGAAUUUUAAAAUUUUCCACGAAAUCGGAAAUCAACAAGAUGGUGAAUUAUUUUAAUAAUAAACAUAUUCUUUUCGUUAUAAAAUUGCUUAAAAAGAAAUUUCCACUUGUUAAUAAAUAAUGGAAAAAAUAGAAUUUCUUUAGUUGGUUCUACGUUUCAGUGUGAGAGAAGCUUUAAACAUGGUUGCUAGGUGACAGUUGAUGUCAACAAACAUUUGUUUGUUUUUUAAGAUAUAAAUUCAAAAACAACAAUAGGUGAGAUUAAGUGAAAAAUAAGAGGGAUUAAUAAACAAUUUAUAUUACUUGUUAACAAUUGAAAAUGGAGAAUAAUACAGUUAGUAAUGGAAGAAUACAACAGGGAAAUACAACUGCACAACGGACACGAAGUAACAUAACCAAAAAGGUGCCAGAUAUACCAGCAGUAGAAGUAAAAAAUUGGUUACUUCACAGACACUACACAAGACAUGAGUUUCACAUCUGUAAUGCAUUAAUUGAAGACGAAUUGAAAAAAACUAAUGGAAGACAUGAAUAUGCUAAUUACCUGAAGGGACUAAUUUUGAGAGCAGACGGGAGGGUCCAAGAGGCUUUGGAAUGUUUUCAAAAAUGCCAGGAAAUCAAUUCCAGUAAUGUUAACAAUACGAAACAAAUUGCAAAAACUUUAUUUCUUCUUGGCCGUCAUGAGCAAGCAGUUGAAAAUUUUACCGAAGUAAUUGAGAAAAUGAGAAACCCAGAUUGGGAUACUCAUCAUAAUCUAGGGGAAUGUUACAUAAAACUAAAUCAUCCGGAAGAGGCAAUAAAGCAUUUGAAGACAGCAAUUGAACUGACAAAGAAUGAAAUACCUUAUUUAACAUUGGCUAAGUUUUACGUUUCGCAGAAUCGUAUUACAGAUGCUGUCGGCAUUUAUUUAGCAGCUUCCAAAAUUGUUCCCGAAAAUGAAGAAAUAAUUACUGAAUUGGGCCUUCUUUAUUUGGAAAUGGGAGAAACUUCACGUGCCAUUCAAUAUUUUGAAUCAGCUUUAUCGCAUGCGCCAAGAUUUCCAAAAGCACUUUUACCAUUGGGUUUUCUUAAACAGAUGAAUUCUGAUUAUGAUACCGCAUUAAUUAAUUAUAAAAAUGCAUAUCAAACAAUUCCGGAAUCUUGGUCGUUAUGGAAUAACAUUGGCAUGUGCUUUUUUGGAAAAGAAAAAUACGUUGCUGCAAUUAGUUGUUUAAAACGAGCUCAUUUCUUAAAUCCAUUGGCCUUGCCACCUGCGUGUAAUUUGGGAACAGUUUUUCUGAAUACCGGUCAACCGGCGUCUGCAGCCACCUAUUUAUGCGCUGCAGUUUCCGCCAGUCCCAAAAAUGCAAUGCCUUAUUUAUUACUUGGAUUGGCCUUAAAACAACUGAACGAUUUGGAGGGAUCUGUGGGUGCAUUGGAAAAAGCACAUUCUUUAUCACCACAGGAUCCAUUAGUGCUUAUUAAUUAUGCAGUGGUUCUAAAUUUACUUGGUAAAGGAGAGGAUGUGAAAGAUAUUCUCACUGAGCUUAAUGACAUCAUGGCUGUUAUCGACGUCGAUCCUAAGAUUACAGAAACCGCGAAGAAAUUGGACAUUAAAAUUCGCGAAGAAUCACAAUAUGCAGAGGAGAGGAGAAUGUUAGGAACCGAUGAAGUUUAAAAUAAAAAAGUGAAAAAUUUUUCGAAAAGGGUGUUAUUGUUAAAAAAAUAAAAUAUCCGAAAAAUAUUAUUUAUUACUAUUUAAUAAAAUAACUAUAUUGCAAAAAAUGUUAAAUAC